GCCAUCUUCUCCCACCACGACCCAAAAACCCACCCAUCUUUCGUCAUCAUUUCAAACGCCCCCACCUAGGACCGAUCGACAAUACCCAACGCGGACUCCGACCCACCCUUGACCGAUCCAUGGAGAUCGCCCCGGCCCCGCCGCCGUCCGCUGACCGGGACAUCCCAAUCGAUACCGGCAAGACGUCGUCGUCUCAGGAGAACGAAGCGAGCGCCGCGGCGGCGGCGGCGACGACGACCUUGUCUUCGUCGGCGUCGUCGGUGGCGGUCAAGUACGACGAUGAGGAAGAGGAGGAGGACGUGUGCCGGAUCUGUAGAAACCCGGGCGACGCCGAUAACCCGCUCCGGUACCCGUGCGCUUGUAGCGGAAGCAUCAAAUUUGUGCACCAGGAUUGCCUCCUGCAGUGGCUCAAUCACAGCAAUGCUCGCCAAUGCGAGGUUUGCAAGCAUGCAUUUUCCUUCUCUCCAGUUUAUGCUGAGAAUGCCCCUGCAAGGCUUCCUUUUCAAGAGUUUGUAGUUGGGAUGGCAAUGAAAACUUGCCAUGUUCUGCAAUUCUUUCUGCGCCUUAGUUUUGUGCUUUCUGUUUGGCUCCUCAUUAUACCUUUUAUUACAUUUUGGAUAUGGCGGUUGGCUUUUGUGAGGAGUUUUGGUGAAGCUCAGAGAUUAUUCCUUAGUCAUUUAUCCACUACAGUAAUCCUUACCGAUUGUCUACAUGGGUUCCUACUUUCUGCUAGCAUUGUGUUUAUUUUUCUCGGGGCCACUUCUCUGAGGGAUUACUUCAGGCAUUUACGUGAGCUAGGAGGACAGGAUGCUGACAGAGAAGAUGAAGGGGAAAGAAAUGGUGCCCGUGCUGCAAGGAGAGCUCCUGGACAAGCUAACAGGAACUUUGUUGGUGAUGUGAAUGGGGAAGAUGCUGCCGGAGCACAAGGGAUUGCCGGAGCAGGUCAAAUGAUUAGAAGGAAUGCAGAAAAUGUUGCUGCUCGGUGGGAGAUGCAGGCAGCUCGUCUUGAAGCUCAUGUGGAACAGAUGUUUGAUGGUCUGGAUGAUGCUGAUGGCGCCGAGGAUGUACCGUUUGAUGAGCUCGUUGGCAUGCAGGGACCUGUAUUUCAUUUAGUUGAAAAUGCAUUCACUGUUCUGGCCAGCAAUAUGAUAUUCCUUGGUGUAGUAAUCUUUGUGCCUUUCUCAAUUGGUCGGAUUAUACUCUAUCAUUUGUCUUGGCUUUUCUCCACUGCUACUCGUCCGGUAUUGUCCACGGUCAUGCCACUCACAGAAUCAGCCCUUUCCUUGGCAAAUGUGACAUUGAAGAAUGCAUUAACAGCCGUAACGAAUGUAUCAUCUGAAAGCCAACAAAGUGGUAUGGUUGGCCAGGUUGAAGAGACCUUGAAAGCAAACAUGAGUGGACUAAAUGAGGUAGCAAACAAUAUAAGUUCACCACUUUCAGCAGACUUCCUGAAAGGGGCAACACUUGGGACAUCAAGGCUGUCUGAUGUUACAACUCUUGCUAUUGGAUACAUGUUUAUAUUCUCCCUAGUUUUCUUCUACCUUGGCAUUGUUGCUUUGAUUCGGUACACUAGGGGUGAGCCAUUGACUUUGGGAAGGUUCUACGGUAUUGCUUCUAUGGCAGAGACAAUUCCAUCUCUCUUCAGGCAGUUCUUGGCAGCAAUGAGGCAUUUGAUGACUAUGAUUAAGGUUGCAUUUCUUCUAGUCAUUGAACUGGGGGUAUUUCCAUUGAUGUGUGGAUGGUGGCUAGAUGUUUGCACAAUAAGGAUGUUUGGGAAGUCCAUGUCUCACAGGGUUCAAUUCUUCUCAGCAUCUCCCUUAGCCAGUUCACUGGUCCAUUGGGUUGUUGGAAUUGUAUACAUGCUACAAAUAAGCAUAUUCGUCAGUCUUCUUCGAGGGGUUCUGCGUAAUGGAGUUCUUUAUUUCCUUAGAGAUCCAGCUGAUCCAAACUACAAUCCCUUCCGCGAUCUUAUUGAUGAUCCGGUGCACAAACAUGCCCGCAGGGUCCUGUUAUCUGUUGCGGUGUAUGGGAGUUUAAUUGUGAUGCUGGUGUUUUUACCGGUUAAACUAGCUAUGCGGAUGGCACCUUCCAUUUUUCCUCUUGACAUCUCGGUGUCGGACCCAUUUACUGAAAUUCCUGCGGACAUGCUUCUUUUUCAAAUAUGCAUUCCAUUCGCCAUUGAGCAUUUCAAAUUACGGACAACGAUUAAAUCCCUCCUCCGUUAUUGGUUUACGGCAGUUGGUUGGGCACUUGGUUUAACGGAAUUCUUACUUCCCAGACCUGAGGACAAUGGUGCUCAGGAAAAUGGAAAUGCAGAGCCAGGUAGACAGGAUAGAGUACAAGUUCAACUAGGGGUACAUGAUCAGGCUUUGGUGGCACUUCCAGGUGCUGAUGAUCCUAAUGCGGGCAUUCUUGCAUCAGGGGACUCAAUUGUCACAGAAGAGUAUGACACAGAUGAACAAUCUGAUUCUGAAAGGUACAGUUUUGUGCUUCGCAUUGUACUCUUGUUGGUGGUGGCUUGGAUGACGUUACUUGUCUUCAACUCUGCCUUAAUAGUCGUACCAACCUCACUUGGAAGGGCAAUUUUCAAUGUCAUUCCUUUUCUCCCUAUAACACAUGGAAUCAAGUGCAAUGAUUUGUAUGCUUUCAUCAUUGGAAGCUACAUAAUAUGGACUGCUGUGGCCGGAGUAAGAUACUCAAUUGAGCAUAUUCGAACAAAGAGGGUUGCAGUUCUGUUAGGCCAGAUCUGGAAGUGGUGUGCCAUUGUUAUCAAGAGUUCCGCACUUUUGUCAAUAUGGAUUUUUGUCAUUCCGGUAUUGAUUGGGCUGCUCUUUGAGCUUCUGGUGAUCGUGCCGAUGCGUGUGCCUGUUGAUGAAAGCCCAGUGUUCUUGCUUUACCAGGACUGGGCAUUGGGCCUUAUUUUUCUCAAGAUAUGGACUAGACUGGUUAUGUUGGAUCACAUGAUGCCACUGGUGGAUGAAACAUGGCGAGUAAAGUUCGAAAGGGUGAGGGAAGACGGUUUCUCUAGGCUGCAAGGUCUUUGGGUGCUUCGCGAGAUUGUAUUCCCAAUCAUAAUGAAGUUGUUGACUGCCCUGUGUGUGCCUUACGUACUUGCCAGGGGGCUAUUUCCUGUUCUCGGUUACCCAUUAGUGGUGAAUUCAGCAGUCUAUCGGUUUGCCUGGCUGGGAUGCCUUUGCUUUAGCCUGUUGUGCUUUUGCGCCAAGAGAUUCCAUGUCUGGUUCACCAACCUUCACAACUCAAUACGUGACGACCGGUAUCUAGUUGGUCGUAGGCUUCAUAACUUUGGAGAAGCAAUCGAAGAGAAGCAAAACGAAGCAGGGACAUCCUCGGAAGUGCAGGGCUCUAACUUCGAAACCAACGGGCUAAUCCGGUACGACCGAGAAGUUGAUAUAGGACUCCGGCUAAGGCACGUUAACCGAGUUGAUGCCUGAUUUCCUAGACAAAUCAGUAGGUCUUGGUCUUGGUCUUAAUCGAUGCCGGUUUAUGAAGCUUUAGAUAUAUACGUCCCGAUUUAGUAUUGGUUUUGAACGUCACCUCCGUGGGAUGUGGAUGGUAACAAACGGUAUUCAAGUAUCUGUUGUUAGAGUUGUCUUCGAGUUUGUGCAUAUAAUGCUUUCUUAAAAUAGUAAAUUAGAGUACAUGAAUGCAAAAUUGUCUUAAUAUACUCACAUGUUUUUACCUCGCGUUUAGUUUUCGUCCAUCGUUGGGUGUUAACGCCCAUCAAU